AUGGCUGUGAUGGUCCUAUUCAUGUUUGCAUCUGCCCAGUGUCAGGAGAAUGAGAGGCGGGCAGUGACUGAGCACCAACUGAUGCACGACCGGGGACGGGCUAUGCAGAGCCUAAAGAGACUGAUCUGGCUGUCCAGCGCCAUGGAGGGGCUCCACACUGCCCAUACACGCAUUCCCCUGGAGGAAGUCUCUGUGGACUGCAGGGGGGAUGGCCCCCAGCAGUCACUGGAUCAGGUGGGGAGGGUGGGCAGGGCCAUGAAAGGGGAGGCUCUACAGAUAAUGUGGAAUGCCUUCUUCAGACCCCACCUCACUGGCCUCCCUGCUGGGGAGAAGUAG